AUGCACGAGGAGCGAAUCAAAGACCUUAAGCUUGAACUUGAGAGCGAGAGGACCUCUCGACGCACAUUCCAGGUGGAAAAUAUAGAAGCCAAAGCAGAAGUUAGGAGGUUAAAUGAUAUCAAUGUGGUUGUGCUAGUUGAUGGCGAUGGCGCCAAGUUCCUAGACACUUUGCUAUCGAGUCCAGACGGCGCUGCUGAAGCCUCCAGGAGGCUUACAAAGGCAGUCAGAACUUUUCUGCAGGACAGUCCAUACAGCAGCGAGGACGUGCCUAUCCUUGUUCGAAUCUAUGCAAAUCUGAAGGAUUUGGCGACGGCAUUGCAGAAAAACAAAGUAAUACCGUUCGAAAGGGAUUUGCAUCGCUUUGCAGAACAAUUCACCAACAGUCGUGCUGAGUUUGAGUUUAUCAAUGUUGGUCCGGGCAAAGAAAACGCGGACUCUAAAAUGACCAGUAAGACUUGA